AUGGCAGACACAGAUUGGAGAAACGAAACGACCGUCACAGAAUUAAUCCUCCUUGGAUUCGGGGAUCUCCCUGACCUUCAAAUUCUUCUCUUUCUAAUGUUCCUAGCGAUCUACAUGGCAACCGUGGCUGGGAACACUCUCAUUGUGGUGCUUGUUGUGACUGAUCAGCACCUUCACACCCCCAUGUACUUUUUUCUGGGCAACUUGUCCUACUUGGAGAUCUGCUACACCUCGACCUUCCUGCCCAGGUUACUGGCCAGUCUGCUGACUGGGGACAGAAACAUCUCAGUGAGUGGCUGCAUCACACAACUGUAUUUCACUGGCUCUCUGGCAGCUACGGAAUGCUAUCUCCUAGCAGCAAUGUCCUAUGAUCGGUAUUUAGCGAUAUGUAAACCCCUGCACUAUUCAACUCUUAUGAAUACCAGGUUUUGCCUCCAGCUGGCUGCUGGGUCAUGGUUAAAUGGUUGUUUGGCUCUUACAAUCUUUGUCUUAUUCCUAGCACAGUUAGUAUUCUGUGGCCCGAAUGAAAUUGACCAUUUCUAUUGUGAUCCCAUCCCACUGAUAGAACUCUCCUGCAGUGACACUCACCUGAGCAUAUUGGUGGAUUUGACAAUAGUCUCCGUAUUCACUCUGCCUCCAUUCCUACUAACCCUGAUGUCCUACGUGUUUAUCCUUGUCAGUAUCCUGAGAAUCCCUUCCACCACCGGGAGACAAAAGGCCUUUUCCACCUGCUCCUCUCACCUCACUGUGGUGACAAUUUUCUAUGGAACCAUAAUGAUUGUCUACAUGCUACCGAAACGUGAUACACUGAGAGAUCUGAAGAAAGUGCUCUCUGUUUGCUUCACGGUCCUAACUCCCCUGGUAAACCCCCUCAUCUACAGCCUGAGAAACAGAGAGGUCAAGGAAGCACUGAGCAAAGCAGUCAGUAAAUGUAGCUUUCACCAAAAAAACAUGCAGAGACUCCGAGAUAAUAAUUUAGCCUGA